AUGGAAACUGAACACGCCUGCAAGAAAAAUGAACACUACCUCCGCCGUCUCCUUAAACGCCAGCCGUCUUACUACCUCCUCCACUGUCGCCUCCGCAAGAGGAUAAAUUCAGCUCCUCCUCGAAACCCAACUCCAAGAAAUCGCUGGCCGCGACGGGUGAAAUUCAAUCAAGCUUGCAAUUUGUUGAAUGAACUGCUAAGACUGCAAGCGCCUCUGGAAACUCCUCCUUUCAAUGCACUUUUGACCGUUGGAGAUAUUGAGAGAGGAAAGGAACUGCUUGACAAGAUGAUUGAAGAAGGGUGUUCCCUUAUGUUGUAUCUCUUAAUCCAUUGGUGGAUGUUAUGUGCAUUGAGGAAUAGGAUCGAUACUGCAAUUGAGUUCUUCAAUGACAUGCAGGGGGAAGGACUAAAGGGCAAUGUGGUUACUUGUACUACUAUAAUUCCUGCUUUCUGUGAUGUUGGCAAUUUCAAUAAGCCGAUUGAUCUGUUUGAUCGAAGGUUGAGAAGCGAAUGCUCUGUUGAUGUUACCAUUUACCAUAAAUUGAUCUAUGGUCUUUGCAAAGCCGGGCGGAUGGAUGAUGCCCACAGUGUCUUGUUGAAAUUUAAACAAGGUGGCGUCUGCCCUGACAUUGUAUGCUACAAUGCUCUUAUUAAUGGAGAUUCUAACAGAAUGGCUUUCUGCGGUUGGUGA